UAGUGAAGCCCAAAGUGGCUUCCAUGGAGGAGAUGGCGAGCUUCCACACGGACGCCUACCUGCAGCACCUGCAGAAGGUCAGCGAGGAGGGAGACGACGACCACCCCGAGUCCACGGAGUAUGGGCUUGGUUAUGACUGCCCCGCUACGGAAGGGAUCUUUGACUACGCGGCAGCCGUAGGAGGAGCCACCAUCACGGCAGCCCAGUGCCUGCUGGACGGCAAGUGCAAGGUAGCGAUUAACUGGCCUGGAGGGUGGCAUCAUGCAAAGAAGGACGAAGCUUCUGGCUUCUGCUACCUGAACGAUGCUGUCCUGGGCAUCCUGCGGCUGCGCCAGAAGUUUGACCGCGUCCUUUACAUCGACUUGGAUUUGCAUCAUGGGGACGGUGUUGAAGAUGCCUUUAGUUUCACUUCGAAAGUCAUGACUGUUUCUCUGCACAAGUUUUCACCCGGAUUUUUUCCAGGCACUGGUGACGUGACAGAUGUUGGCCUGGGGAAAGGUCGCUACUACAGCGUGAAUGUGCCUAUUCAAGAUGGCAUCCAGGAUGAGAAGUAUUACCAGAUCUGUGAAACCGUGCUUAAGGAGGUGUAUGCAGCCUUCAACCCAGACGCCGUCGUGCUGCAGCUGGGGGCAGACACCAUAGCCGGAGACCCCAUGUGCUCCUUCAACAUGACGCCCGAGGGAGUGGGCAAGUGCCUCAAGUACGUGCUGCAGUGGCAGCUGGCGACCCUCGUCCUGGGAGGAGGAGGCUACAACCUUGCCAACACAGCUCGUUGCUGGACAUACUUGACGGGGAUCAUCCUCGGCAGAACGCUGUCCUCCGAGAUCCCCGACCACGAGUUUUUCACAGAGUACGGUCCUGAUUACGUGCUGGAGAUCACACCGAGCUGCAGACCAGACCGCAAUGAGCCACAGAGAAUUCAAGAGAUCCUCAAUUCCAUCAAAGGGAACCUGAAGCACGUUGUUUAGUGGAGCAGGGAAG